UCUCGUUUUGAUUUUCUUUGUUUCCCUCCUCGUCUUUCCGAAACCCUAACCCUAGCUCACCAUUGUCGAUCAUCGGCUCCUCUGAAACCCUAAUCUUCGUCUCUUUUCUUGCUGUGCUUCGACUAUGUCCGACGCGUUUGACAUGUCCCUCGACGAUCUCAUCAAGCAAAGCAAGAAGCUCGCCUCCGGCGGAAAUUCAAUGGGGAGAGCCCGGUACUCGCGAUCGGGGCCAGCUCGCUGGGUUUCCAACCGAUCAGGAAACCGACCUGCUCCCUAUUCUAUGGAGAAGGCACCAGAAUCCAAGUGGCAGCAUGACCUGUACACUAUGAAUUCGAUGCCGAUGUCCUCCUCGAUCGGGCGCGGGACAAUGCUUUACAUCUCCAACCUCGACUAUGACGUCUCCAACGAGGAUAUCAAGCAACUAUUUUCUGAAGUAGGGGAUAUAAAGCGAUAUUCAAUCCAUUAUGACAAGAGUGGGAGAUCAAAGGGAACUGCAGAGGUGGUGUUUACAAGAAGGGAAGAUGCGCUUGCUGUUAUGCAGAGUUACAACAACGUGCGCCUUGAUGGUAAACCAAUGAGGAUUGAAGCUGUUGGAAUGAAUAUCUUGAGGCCUUCUGCUGAAAUGCCUAUAAAUGUGGGCUUUGUGAAACCUAUUGGUGGUCGAAAGAGUGGUCAUGGAAGAGGUGGUUCUGGAAGAUGGCCUAGAGGUGGACAAGGACAGAGAAGAGCACGGAGACAGCUAGGUGGUCAUGGUGGUUCCACAACUUUAUCUGUAGAAGCUCUUGAUGCUGAUUUGGAUAAGUAUCAUUUGGAGGAGAUGGAGACUAACUGAAAACUUGGCACCACUGCUUGUGGUCAUCAUCCUGCUAACGUAGGAAUAGAAAGACAGUCAUCAGUGAACUACCAGAUAUAGUGUUUUGGAGAUUGUAUAGCCUACCAUUUGAUGAACAUGUCCGGCUAACUGAUACUGAUGUUGGUUGAUCUAUUGAUAUUUCUCUGCUGCUGGUCAUUA